GGUCCCGCGCACUGGAAAUGGUUAUUUUUUUGUAUCUUGUCAAUGAAGGGACGGGUAGGGGCGGACCGCGUCAGGAGUCAGGACUUUCAGUCUGUAGUUGCGAGCGCUUGCGCUGACAUCCUCCGCAUGUUACACGACAUAUCGAACCGUCUGCCGGCAAACGGAUCUCGAACUAUGAGUUACGAAAAUUGUGAUAACAGAGUGCUUAUAAAACGAGAAGAGGAAUCAGAGUACAUCGACGAAAACGACCGGUAUUUCAAUUACGUGCCAGUGGAAAUCAAAAGGGAUGCGGAGAUGCAAGGCUUCGCGCCAUCCUCACCCACGCAUCUAAUGGAUCUGAGCAAUGGCCCCGACCGACCCCCGCAAAUCCAACAGUCCUGGACGUCGAACGUUAUAUUCGACGGAGACGAAAGAGAAUAUCCGCAGACCCAUUACCCUCCAUACGACCAAAUGUAUAUUCCAGAUCAACGUCAAAGGCAGUUCACUCGGAGUGUUUAUUUCGAUGAUUCAAGUUCACAGGACAGAGUCGGGAAUUAUUACGAGGCGACCGGAAUGCCGAAACUUGGUGAACCAGCUUACAGAGCUUCCACAGAAGAGCGUAGCGACGACAACGAGGACCAGAGGCCGUCGAAGAAGCGCUCCUCGAAGUCAUCUCGUAAGAAAGCGCAGUCUUUUGAGGAGAUGCAGAUUCAACGAGUGAUGGCCAACGUACGAGAAAGGCAAAGAACUCAAAGUUUAAACGAAGCCUUUGCGAGCUUGCGACAAAUUAUUCCAUCGCUGCCGAGCGACAAGCUAUCGAAGAUACAGACUCUUCAAUUGGCCACACAGUACAUUGAAUUCCUGUACCAGAUUCUAUCUAACAGUGAGACUUCGUCCAGUAGUGAUGUUGGCAGUGAUUCCGGAAGCGAACAUGGAAAAUACCUAGCUCAGGAUAAGUUAAGUUAUGCAUUUUCUGUGUGGCGGAUGGAAGGCGAGUGGAAUGGACAAUCGUGAUUCGUGAUAGUUUCCUAGUUGAAUCAAUCUAAAGACGCUUACUUUAUUCCAUGUGUUAUUACAUAGAUCGUUUAUUGACUAUUUGUAAAGGUUCGAAGUUUAAACCGUAGAUAGUUAACUAGACUUUUGACCUAGUUUAAGGCAAUUAACUAUUAAGAAAUUGUGAUACUUUGUUAAGGGUAUUAUGCCAGAACUAAGGUUAUAUAAUAUUUCUUACAAUAUAAUAAUGACAUAUUACACUAAGACAUGUUAAAAUAUACAGCUGUAUACCAAAAAUAUGUAGUAUGUAGUAGCUAUAACAAUUGAAUUCCAAUUUUGUACAUUUGUUUGUACGUUAAUUAAAACAUGAUUUAUUAAUAAAUAACUACAUGUAUAGUAAGAUAA